AUGGGAGAGAUUACAAGCAUGAGCCUAGUUGAUUGGCUCGACGACCUGACCGUUCGUUUCUUACUGAACCUCCCAGCAUCUGAGCUAUCCUCAGUCCCACGCCUAUGCUUCCAGGUAGAAGAAGCACAAUGGUUUUACGAAGAUUUCAUACGACCAGCUGCUGCGGCGGCGGGUAAACCACUACCCAGUCUGCCUCUAAGGCAGUUCUGUCUCCAGCUAUUUCAGCAUUGUCCGCUGCUGAGCGGCUUCACCGAUGCCCAGCAUAUCGCAGCUUACGAGGAGUUUUUGGCAUAUAAGGUACGAGUGCCUGUGAGAGGAGCGAUCUUGAUGGAUGAGACUAUGGAGAAGCUGGUACUUGUCAAGGGCUGGAAGAAGAGCGCUAGCUGGUCCUUCCCGCGGGGCAAGAUCAACAAGGACGAAAAGGAUUUGGAUUGUGCGAUACGCGAAGUGUACGAGGAAACUGGCUUCGAUGUUAGAGGUGCUGGUCUCAUACCAGCGAACCCGGAGGAUGUGAAGUUCAUCGAUGUGACUAUGCGUGAACAGCACAUGAGGCUAUUCGUGUUCCGCAAUGUGCGAGAGGACACACAUUUCGAGCCUCAGACACGGAAAGAGAUCAGCAAGAUUGCUUGGUACAAUGUACGUGACCUACCAGGUUUCAAAAAGCAGAAACAUGGUGCGCCGGAUCAGGCACACCACGCAAACAAGUUUUAUAUGGUCGCGCCGUUCUUGGGACCAUUGAAGAAGUGGGUUGGACAGCAGAAGAGGGUAGAUGCGCAGCAGGAUGCUCAAACCGUGGCGCCUGGAAACGAGAUGGCGCAUGCGAAUGUAGAGGACGAGACGGAGGCUUUAGAGGAGCCAUUGGCCGAGCAGGCAUUGGAUCCAAGUGCAGAUUUGAGGAGGCUGCUUAGCAUUGGUGGGUUGACACAGGCACCUCCUUCGCAACCUACCCAGCAAUCGGGACAGCCACCUCCUGUUGAUGGAGGCCGUCCAAACAAUCUUCUGGCCAUGCUUCAAGGAUCUGGACCUCGAGCUCAGGCAGGCCUGCCGCAAACGCCGUUCGAGCAGAUCAAUGCUUUCCCACCAAAACCGGAAAGCCCACAUCCUCACCACGCGCGCCAGACUAGCAUACCGUACCAGCAACCUGUGCCACAGUUUCCAUUCGGCCCAACCAGAACUCAACAGCAGGCAGAGCAGCACAAUUUCACGGUGCCAACGCCAGGCAUAUUUGGCAAUGGAGGAUUUGCCCAAGGACCCCAGCACCCUUUCGUACAGCCACCCCAGCAGUAUCCAAACAUGCAACACCAACUGCCACAGCAACACAAUCUCCUGCAAAGACCUAUGUCUGGACAUCAGAGCGACGUCCCCUUCGGCAUACCACAACGACGGCCUUUUAAGCCACCAUUUCAGAACCAACCUCAAAUACCGCCUCAGCCCGCCUAUCAGCCUCAAGCGCCCUUGCACUUCUCCCGCAACUCAGACGCACUCAUGGCUCCCCAGGGUCCACAAGGUGUCAUUAGUGGCGGGCCUGCGGCUCCCAAGGCCGAAAACUUGCCUAUGCCAAGGUUGAGUGCGCAUUCGCUCAGUUUGCUUGAUACAUUCAGGAGUGGUGGUCCACAACAGCCCUCAGCUUCCGGUAAAGGCCAGGGUGCCGCAAGACAGCCAAGUCAGCACCAGAGCGCCUUGCUGGAUCUGUUCCGCAAGUCAUCUACCACACCUUCUGGAGCACAGGGGCCUGCACCUGAGAUUCCACCCUCGCCAACGUCGACGGAGGCUACUGUCAGACCUCCUCAGGCACCAAUCAGGAAGUCUUCGACCAUCAAUGAGAUCACAAGGACGCUACCAACGAGCUUUAAGAGGAAGUCCUCCUCAGCAUCGCAGCAUCCAACACUACCAGUCCAGCCUACAACACAACCAUCUUCACCGUCUUCAAUGCAGCCAAAGCUGCCCUCACCACAAUCGCUUGAGCGACCCAGCUCCAGUGGUCAGCUGUAUGACCCGUCGACUCCUAGCACCGGCCCACGAUCAGUCCAUCAAGCGCCAGCCAACAAUGGCCUAACGACUUUACCAAAAGUGCAGCAGCCACCACCUCAUCACGCACAACGGCCGGCCAAAGCUCCGAAGUCGAAGCACGCGUCGCCUUCUAGACAGCCAUUUUCAGGCAAAGUCAACGAGAACGGCACACCGCACGCAGGUCCACAGCCACCGUUCAAGAUUCUAGCCCGACCUGAUUCCAUGCGAGCGCAGAAAUAUCCAGCUCUGCAAGCAGAAAAACCGCCUUCGAGUCCGCUACGGCAUGAAACGCCGAAGCCCAGUAAUGCUACACAAAACCCGGCUGUACAGCUUCUGAAGAGGCCCGAGAGUGUGGAUCCAAUCACUGUACAAAAGGUUGCUGAGAUUGUCGAGGAGCAUCAGGACAAUGCCGCACCUGGGUUCGAUAAGAGGGAUCAGUUGCUUGCGUUGUUUGGGAGGUCAGGUACUGCCUCUCCGCCUGCUACGCAAGCUCCUCUACAGAUGCCUGCCCAAGAAGCACCCAAGACUAAUCUUCUUGAUCUCUUUGUUGCCAAUAAGGCGCCCGUUCCCGAUCAGCCACGACGUCCAGCACAGCCGCCCGCGAUGAAGCCACCGCCUCCACCCCAGCUCAAGGGCGAGAGGCAGGCCAGCAGCCAGAACAUCCAGCAUCAUCGUCAACAAACACCGCAGAACGCGCUACUAGACUUAUUCAACAGACCUUCUGCACCGGCAGUCAACAAGCUAGAUAGCCCAGGAACGCCUAUCUCGCCCUUUGCCCUUGGCACACCAGCUACACGCCAGCCCCCUACGUUUCCAUCCGCAACAAACACUAUGAACCCCUCAGCCAUAGCAGAAGACAUCAGAUCCGGAUCCGGGGCAGCUCUCACACCUACUCCUAUUGUCGGGGAGGCAAGCAGAUCAAGACUGGGUAGUAUGGCUUCUGCGAAUGGUGUGGGAAGUGCUAGUGAAAGCAGGAAGGGCAGUGGGUCUGGCACGCCUGUUGAGGCUAAGGGGUUCUUGCUGGAUUAUCUGAAUGGUGUUGUUGCUAAGGAGGGCGGGGGUAGGGGUCCUAGAAGACAUUGA